AUGAGUGCUUCUCGUUUUACGGAAGGCAUAAGCAUUCAGUCGAAGAACAUCAUGGAAUGGGUAGAAAAACGGCUACAGUCAAACGAGGCUGGACAUGAUGCGCAGUCGCCUACAACGGCGCCUUCAUCGGAGCAAGAGACAUCUAUCGCUGAACCUUCUGCUAUGGAGAUGCCGAGUACAUCAGCUGGUACUGAUUUACAAAGCGAUUCUCCAAGUAAUGUCUCGGCGGACAAGAAGUGGGAAGUAAAACCCGAAAUACAGAUGGAUGACGAUGGAUGGCAGAUUUAUGAUCCCACAAUGUUUGAAGAAAGUCAGACGAAGCAUGCCAUCUGCGCUGUGGAAUCACGCGACAUCGGAUCUAUAUCUUCUGCUGUUUUCGAAGAAUUACCACCGAAUAUUAAGGCGGAGCUGGAUCACUUUCAUAAAUUAGAACAAGCACGGAGGCUAAAAGCUGCUGCUGAGCGCGAAAAGAAGCCGACUGGAAAGAAGCGG